AAGCCUGCAAGCAAGCCUGCAAGCAAGCCUGCAAGCUGGAAGCGGGAUCAUCAAUCAGACACAGUUUCAUUGUUCCAUUGUUUCGUUGGAGCGUGCGUUCUGUUCGUGCUCUUCUUUUCAGCAAAGCGCCGUGCCAUCUGUGUGAAGGCGGUGAGCUGUGACGGUUUUCGAGCGGAGCAGAGCGGUGGCUAUCUAUUUUUGAGCAAAAGGAGGCAAGAACAUGUUCAAGGUCGGGUUCAAAGGGGCGCCAUCGCCGCCAUCCGCGGCAGCUGACAAGCCAGCGCCCAUGAUGAAAGGGUACAGUCGGCUGCUGCCGCUCGGGCGGUCACCCAAGAAGUUCAGCCACCAAGGCAGUGUGCACGAGCGUGGCUCCUCCACCUACACCGUCACACUCGAGCUUGGGCCAUGCGGUCGACUUGGUAUCCUCACUGCGGAGCGACCAAACAUGUCGGCGUAUUCAUCCAAAGUCGCUGUGGUUGUGCGGGAGGUGUUGCCUGGAUCACCGGCGUGGGUGGCGUGCAUUGUGGCGCGGCAACGGCAGGGUGCGUCCACCACCAGUGACGAGCACGCCAUCCUUCAACCAGGCGACAUCAUCUUGAAGGCAAACGAGGAGAGCCUGUGUGGGCUGUCGCGGGAGCAGGCGUUGGCGCGGUUGCGAGAGGAGACGGAGCGGGAACCCGUCAUCCGGCUUGUGCUGCAGCGUGUGCCUGCAAGCACGCGAUCCAAGCUCAACUACCGCGUCAUUUUUCCCGAGGCCAGCGUUGACUCCGCCCCGCCAUCCUCUCACUCCCGCCGCAGCCGCCGCACCUCGCUCACUCACUUUCACACAUGAUAUGCGUGUGUGUGUCUGUGUCUGUGUGUGCGUGUGUACGUGUCUGCGUUGUGUUUAUGCUGCAGUUGUAACAUGCAAGUGAAACAAACAAAACGACUGCCGUAUUGAAGAAGUAAACGAACCCCACCCCA